AUGGCGACAAUUACUACCGACAAACACACGAUCCGCUACGCCACCGAGUCCGACGUGCCAGCUAUCUUGCGUCUUAUACACGAAUUGGCCGAAUAUGAAAAGGAACUUGCCUCAUGUAGAAUGACCGAGGAGAUCCUGCUCAAAACCCUGUCCUUCCCCAUUCCCUCAUCCGACUCCAGCAGCACCACCAGCGACACCAACAACCAACACACCCCAUCAUUUACCAAAGGCUACGCCCGCACCCUCCUCAUCUCCCCCACCUCAAACCCUUCUCUCGUCGCCGGCCUCGCAAUCUACUUCCCCAACUACAGCACCUGGACCGGCCCCGGCAUCUACCUCGAAGACCUGAUCAUCACCAAAUCGCACCGCGGCAAAGGCUACGGCAAGGCACUCCUCUCCGCACUCGCCCGCGAGGUCAAGUCCGACGAGAUCAAUCCCUGGGGCAUGGGAAGGCUGCAGUGGAGUGUGCUGAACUGGAACAAGCCGAGCAUUGAUUUCUAUCUGAGUGAUUCGGUAGGGGCGUUCUUGAAGGAGGAGUGGUUGGGGUGUCAGGUUGAGGGGGAGAAGUUGAGGAAGUUGGCCGAGGCAGGGAAGGGAUCGUGA